UUGCAGGACACCACAAGAGAUGAAGGUAAUGAGACUGAAGUCUGCAGGAUGAAUAAAUUAAGAAGGAUAAAAAAGAAAGCCACUAAACCACCUAUUUCUUCAACUGAAGUAGGAGAAAUGGAUAUAUCCAUCUCAGAAGAGAGGAUCAAAAAGCAAAUGGUGUGCAACAAAUUGGGAGAUGCAAGCAAACCAGUUAUGGGCUCUGACUCUGCUGAGUCUGAUCAGCCUCAUGAUGACAGGAAUUCCAAGAAGCAGAGGAUGGUGAUAAAACCGUCGCUCCCUAGAAUAUCAGUCAGCACUCCUGGCAACGAAUUUAACCUGAACUCUAAUCAUGCUGAUCAAACCAGGGACAGUACUCAAUCUCCCACCAUGCCUCAACUUUCCUCUAGAAUGAAGCACAUUAAACAAGAGAUGACCAGAAAUCACCUCCAGUUUGUGCGUUUUGAAGCAACAGACCUCCAUGGCGUGUCCAGGUCUAAGAGUAUCCCAGCUCACUUUUUCCAAGAAAAAGUGAUCCAUGGUGUUUACAUGCCCAGAGGUUAUCUUGAAUUGAUGCCGAAUCCUAAAGACAAUGAAGUGAAUCACAUAAGAGCAACGUGUUUCAAUAGUGACAUAGUCCUAAUGCCAGAGUUAUCCACCUUUAGAGUUUUGCCGUGGGCUGAGAGAACUGCAAGAGUGAUAUGUGAUACAUUCACUGUGACUGGUGAUCCUCUGUUGACUUCUCCAAGGUACAUUGCAAAGAGGCAGCUGAGCCAGCUGCAGGACGCUGGCUUUUCCCUGCUCUCUGCCUUCAUUUAUGAUUUUUGCAUUUUUGGUGUGCCUGAAAUUAUCAAUUCAAAGACCAUAUCUUUUCCUGCUUCAUCAUUAAUGAAUAAUCAUGACCAGCCCUUUAUGCAGGAGCUCAUUGAUGGCCUGUAUCAGACUGGAGCCAACGUUGAGAGUUUUUCCUCCUCCACCAGACCUGGUCAGAUGGAAAUCUGUUUUCUGCCAGAAUUUGGCAUCAGUGCAGCUGAUAAUGCAUUUACCCUAAGAACAGGUGUCAAAGAAGUGGCAAGGAAAUACAAUUACAUUGCCAGUUUUUUCAUUGAGACUGGAUUGUGCAAUUCAGGAAUUUUGUCUCAUAGUCUCUGGGAUGUCAAUGGCAAGCAAAAUGUAUUCUGCAGCAAUUCUGGAGUUGAACAGCUCACAGUCACUGGGAAAAAAUGGUUGGCAGGACUGUUGAAGCACUCUGCGGCUCUGAGCUGUCUGAUGGCACCUGCGGUUAGCUGCCGAAAGCGUUAUUCCAAGGACAGUAAAGCCCUGAAGGAGAGUGUCCCCACAACAUGGGGUUAUAACGAUAACAGCUGUGCUUUUAAUAUCAAGUGUCAUGGUGAGAAAGGAGCCCGGAUAGAAAAUAAACUAGGCUCAGCGACAGCAAACCCUUACCUGGUGCUGGCUGCAACUAUUGCUGCAGGCUUGGAUGGAGUUCAAAGCAGAGAUGGUGUUUUGGCUGAUCCAGAUGACAGCACAGACCUUUACCAGUCAAAACCUUCUGAGAUCCCUUUGAAACUGGAAGAUGCCCUUGUGGCACUAGAGGAAGAUGAGUGUCUGAGACAGGCUCUAGGAGAAACCUUUAUUCGAUAUUUUGUUGCCAUGAAGAAAUAUGAGUUGGAAAAUGAAGAAACUGAUGCUGAGAGAAAUAAAUUCUUAGAGUAUUUUAUUUAG